GCAAUCAUCCCUCAAUGCAACUGGUGCCAAAAAAAGGACCAUCAAAAGUCAUUGAUGUGUAUCAUGGAGAUCUCAUUAAAGAUGCCCCACUCAAAUCCCAACCAUUAUCGGCUCAAAAGGAAUUCUUCGAUUACACUCUGAACAUGAAAAGAUUCAUCGAGGACGACCGAUCCCCGGUUUCAGAAGACGAAUUGAGAGAAAUGGAGGAAAAGUAUUCUGAGCACAAUGCACUUUUCGGCAGUAAAGAUGAUAUUUUUGGUUCUAUUAACUUUAUGAACGAAAAAGUAUUCAAUUUUAGAAUAUUCCACGAUACCGGGAACAAGCCAGAUAAAGAAAAGUCUGACAAAUCCAAGGAACUGGGUAAGCUCGAGUCUUCUGAAGCCACAAAUGCUUCUACAACUAAUAACAGUGAUAAUGAUAAUAAUAAUAAUGAUGAUGAUAACAACAUACCCUCUGUUGAAGUUAAUGACUUUGCUAAAGAUAAGAAGAAGUUCUUAGAGAUUUGUGAAAAGACAUGGGAUCAAUUUGUUUUUGAUACACGUUAAACUUUGUGACAUUAUCCAUAUACAACUUACAUAUAAUAUAAUGAUAACGACAAAUUCAAUAUCGAU